AUGACCUUUAAGGCAUCUUACUUUGACCCCUUUUGCGAUGCUCUAAAAUUUAGAGCAGAAUACGAUGCUGAGCUGAUAUUUGGUAUUUGUCCUUUUUCGAGAAAACUCAUGACAACUUUAAGAAUGAGUGACAACUGUCAGUAUUAUUCUACAUUUAAUACGCUCUCAACCACUCUAGAUAAUUAUGAGUUUUUAGCUAUGUGUCAAGGUACGAAGUAUGAUGUGACGCCCAUCAAUACGAGCAAGAAAAAAAAUCUCUUUCAAAUUUUGAUCGAAAAGUAUACAAUUAGUUCGGGUAAUUCAAGUCCUAACUGUCUUCUAGUCGCCAUUAAUUGGUCAACACAUUGUGACGGCAUAGAAAUUUUACACAAGUCUCCCGAGCUACUAAAGGCAUUUCAUAACGUCAAGAAAAACAUGCAAAUUUAUAGCCUUACUUUAAAAAUGAACAGUGAAGCUUUGCGAAUUAUUGAUAAUCCUAACAAUUUCCAAACCGUAUUGCCGGUUAUUGCACCUCCAGCAAGACUGUUUCUGAAAACUGAAGAUCGGGUGUCUAAACCCAGGCAUGCAGCAACUAUGCAUUGUCUUUGUGGGAAUAAGUUAGAUAUCCAGUGUGGUUUUAUUCCAGGUUAA